AUGUCUGGAAAAGUUGUUAAUGUUGCCGCAAUUGGUUGUGGUGUUAUUGGUUCCGCUUUUUUGGACCAGCUAGUGGCUAUGAAGUCACCAAUCACCUAUAAUCUCAUUUUGAUUGCCGAGAGCACCAAAUCGCUUAUUUCUGACGACUACGAACCAUUAGAUUUGCAGGACUCAUGGAGAUCAGCCUUGCAAGCCAGCCAACAGCCAAGCUUGUCUCUCAAGGACAUGCUACAAUACUUGAAGAAAUCUCCCCACCCUGUGAUCGUCGUUGACAAUACUUCAAGUGUCCAUAUCUCCAACUUUUACCCAGAGUUCAUUCGUGGUGGUAUCUCGAUCGCUACCCCGAACAAAAAAGCAUUCUCUUCCGAUCUAAACCUUUGGGAUGAGCUAUUCGCUGCGAAACCCACUGAUGGGUUGGUCUACCAUGAGGCGACAGUGGGCGCGGGUCUGCCAAUUAUCGGCACUUUGAGAGAUCUGAUCCAAACGGGCGAUGAAGUCGAAAAGAUCGAAGGUAUCUUCUCUGGGACAUUGUCUUACAUCUUUAACGAGUUCUCUGGUAUUGAGGCUAACUCUGUCAAGUUCUCUGACGUUGUCAAAAAGGCAAAAGCGCUGGGCUACACCGAACCAGACCCAAGAGAUGACUUGAACGGUCUGGAUGUCGCUAGGAAGGUUACAAUCUUGGCAAGAAUUAGUGGUUUGAGGGUAGAGUCUCCAACCUCCUAUCCAGUCCAAAGUUUGAUCCCCAAAGCUUUGGAAUCUGUUUCGUCCGCUGAAGAAUUUUUGAAUAGACUGUCCGAGUAUGACGACGACUUGACUAAAUUGAAACAAGAAGCUGCUGCCGAGAACAAGGUUUUGAGAUUCAUUGGUAAGGUAGACUUGAGCACCAAGGAAGCCUCCGUUGGUAUUCAAAAAUACGACGCUUCUCAUCCUUUUGCAGCAUUGAAAGGCUCUGACAACGUCAUUUCCAUCAAGACUAAACGUUACGUUAAUCCAAUGGUCAUCCAAGGGGCUGGUGCGGGUGACGCAGUGACUGCGGCCGGUGUUCUUGCCGAUGUGAUUAAGAUUGCUCAAAGAGUUUAG